AUGGUUGGAUGUACCUACACUCAUCAAGUGUGGAAGAGGUUGGAGGAUCACUUCGCCUCUCAGAUCAAGGCAAAGGUGAUGCAGCUGAAAUACAAGCUCAGUACUCUUCAGAUCGGAGCAUCCGUGACAAAGUAUGUACUUUCAAUUAAAGGAACUAUUGAUGCAUUGGUUUCUGUAAGAGAGGUAAUCAAUGAGAGCGAUCAUGUAAAUGCGAUCUUGCAUGGUCUUACUGAAGAUUAUUCCUCAGUGUACACCUCUGUGUUAGCAAGAGCUCAAAGCAUAACAGUGGCUGAAUUGGAAGCCUUGUUGCUCGCACAUGAGAGUAUGCUCUCCAGGUUUAGAAAGCCUGAAGCAUUUGUACAAGCUAAUCUUGCUCAAUUCGCUAGAGAAAGUUUUAGAGGUGGCUUUCGAGGAAGAGGAGGAAGAAUGUCUCGAGGAGGCAGAAGUGCUUUCAAUGGAGGAAGGUUUACUCAAGACUCCUCACUGCAAGAACAACCAAAUGAAGGACAAUUCCAUAGAGGCCAGUUCAAUCGAGGAGGUAGAUUGCAGAAUCCAAGAGGCUAUAUGAAUGAGAGACCUCAAUGUCAGGUUUGUAACAAAGUAGGUCAUACAGCAAGAACUUGCUGGUAUAGGUACAGUGAAGACACCUAUGAAGGAGAGUAUGAAAAUGGAAAUGGAGGAUACAACAAUGAAGGAUAUAGCAGUGGACACAACCAGGCAUAUAGCAACAGAGACUAUAGCCAUAGAAAUCAAAACAGGUUAGGAUACAGCAGUGGAAAUAGAAGCAAUCAGGCCUCUUAG